GUAGGAAUCGGCGGGAUGGGAUUUGGGACACUGGGAACAUGGCGGCUGCCUUGGAAAAUGAAUUGGAAGUAGAUAACGAAGAUUAUUACUCUCUGCUCAAUGUCAGGAGAGAGGCGACUCAAGAUGAGUUAAAGUCGUCGUACAGGCGGCUUUGUAUGCUGUAUCACCCUGACAAGCACAGAGACCCUGAGCUAAAAAGGCAGGCUGAGCAACUCUUCACCUAUGUACACCAGGCGUAUGAAGUUCUCAGCGACCCCCAAUCCCGAGCCAUAUAUGACAUAUUUGGGAAGAAAGGCCUUGAUGUGGAAGGUUGGGAGGUGGUGGAAAGGAAACGAACCCCUGCAGAGAUCAGGGAGGAAUACGAACGUUUGCAGAGAGAAAGAGAUGAGAGGAGACUCCAGCAGAGAACAAACCCUAAGGGGACAAUAAGUGUUGGCAUAGAUGCGACGGACCUUUUUGACCGGUAUGAGGAGGACUUUGAGGAUGUACCAGGAGGAGGUUUUCCCCACAUUGAGAUCAACAGGAUGCAUAUUUCCCAAUCCAUCGAGGCACCCCUAACUACUUCAGAUACCGCGGUCCUCUCUGGAUCUCUGUCAACACAUAAUGGCAACGGGGGAGGAAAUAUAAACCUUUGUGUACGCCGUGUGACCUCAGCAAGAGGCUGGGGAGAGCUGGAGUUUGGAGCAGGGGACAUUAGAGGACCUUUAUUUGGGAUGAAGGUAUUCCGUAACGUAACUGCACGCUGCUUUGUGACUGCCCAGUGGGGAUUGCAGUUUUCCUCGCGCGGCGUUCGGCCCAGUGCCACUACAAUGAUGGCUCGCCAUCUGGACCAGAACACUAUGGGUUACCUGCAGUGGCGGUGGGGAAGCCAGUCUGCCAUGACCACCAGUAUUGUCAGGGACACCAAAACAAGCCACUUCACCCUGGCCCUGCAGCUGGGUGUUCCUCAUUCCUACCUGAUGAUGAGCUAUCAGUACAAAUUCCAGGAUGAAGACCAGACUAAGGUCAAAGGUUCUAUUAAGACUGGGUUCUUUGGCACAGUGGUUGAAUACGGCGCAGAGCGUAAGAUCAGUCGGCACAGUGUUCUGGCAGCAACCGUCAGCAUCGGUGUACCCCAAGGAGUCUCCCUCAAAAUCAGGUUAAACAGAGCCAGUCAAACCUACCUCUUCCCUAUUCACCUGACCGACCAGAUUUUACCCAGCGCUGUGUUUUAUGCCACCAUUGGCCCGCUGGCCAUCUACUUAGCUGUCCAGAAGCUUAUUAUUAUGCCUUAUGUACGAGCCCAGAAGGAACAGGAGUUGGAGAAACAGAAGGAGGAUUCUGCUUCAGAAAUUGCUCGCAGGAAGCAAGAAGCUGAAGCUGCUGUUUUGCUGAUGCAAGAGUCGGUGAAGAGAAUUAUUGAUGCUGAGGAAUCUAAAAUGGGUCUCCUCAUUCUAAAUGCUUGGUAUGGCAAAUUUGUGUCGGACAAUAGUCAGAAACGUGAGAGAGCAAAGGUCAUUGACGUGACCGUUCCUCUCCAGUGCUUGGUGAAAGACUCCAAACUCAUUCUUACAGAAGCAUCGAAGGCGGGCUUGCCAGGGUUUUAUGACCCGUGCGUUGGAGAGGAAAAGAGCCUAAAACUGCUGUACCAAUUCAGAGGAGCAAUGCACCAAGUCUUGUCCGGAGACACAGAGCCUCUUAGGAUACCUAAACAAUCUCAUAGAAUCGAUUCAGAGACAUAGAAGUCUACCACACAUUGAAAGAAAGAGCUCUAUGUGCAUCAAAGGAACUAAAAGGGACAGUCAGACAUCGAGCGAUCCGAAGGGCUGCUCCUCUUCAUUUCGUGUAGUCACCCGUGUAUCACCUCUGUGUCGUCAGUUUCUCUCAAAAUCCCUUACACGUAUCGUCAGUAAGCCAUUUACGUCCUGACACCUCCUUGAGAUCUGGAGUUUUAACUGAGAUUCCCGAUGACCCACCUGAAGCCGUCACAGCUUCGACAGUCAUCAAGAAGACCGGAUACAGUAUUCCGUCCGUCGAUUUCUAAUCGGCGUUGAUAAGUCAUCUAACAAAACUGUACUUGAAAAGUAUGGUUCAAACUGUACUGCACAAACGGUUGUUUCAUAGGACGAGUGUUGAUGUCGACAGAUGUUUUUUGCAUGUUUGUAAACCGAAAAUCUCACGCUCACACUGCCUCCAAACUCACUACCGUAAAAGCUGCUUCUUUUUUUUUUUUUAGUAGGCCAAUCUGUUGUGACCAGAGCAUCAUGAUUUCAUUUUACUCCAGGAGAAGUGUUAUUUGGAUUAUGCUCGCGUUGUUAUUUUUUGGUUAUUGAUGAUUGGAGGAGAAAAGGUUUCUAAGUAAAAAUAGGCACCUAAACUUUUCCUGGGAUUCCUCGGUUCGUCCCUAGGUCUGCAGUGAAGCCAUAUCAAAGACAGUCGUACAGUAUCUUCUCCAAAUUCAAAAAUGAAGUCAUAUAGUCAGAGUUUCAGUGAAGCGGAAAAAAAGACAGGCUGUUGUUUUUAUUUGUUUAGCUUGUCGUUCUUAGCAUCUGGAAGUUUGCUUUGAUAGCAGCUUUUCUCCUGCUCCGUUUUCUCAAGUUUUACGGACUUUGAAAUGUCAGCAGCAGUGCUCGGACUGAGCUAGUGUAAAAAUUUUGGCUAUCGAAUGAGUUUAAAUGGAGUACGUAUUUUAAAGAUCCAUUAUUUCAAACGAAACCACUGAAGCUUUGUGUAAUUUAAAUGUGCCAUGCCCCUUUUUCCUUUUUUUUUUUUUUUUUUUUUUAACUUUUCAUUGUUUUAUUACUGCAUUUGUCGGUAAGUAGGCAGUGCCUGCGUUGUGCGUAUUAGUCUUUCCUGUUGUACCUUUCAUCUGUUGGGCUAUAAGGGAAAAUACAUUUUGUUCUUGAGCAUCAACAAUAAUCUUUGCAUCUAAAAGAGUCAAAGCCUGACUCUUCCAGAGUCUUUGGUCGUGUUGAAUACACAAACUAUUGACAGGCCAUGGAACCGUUUUGGCAGUCUCUGGUUUGUACCCUGCACGUUUUAGCAUAGUUCAUGUAAAUGGCUUCUUCAAGCCACAUUUUGCAACUUCGAAAGAAACCGGUGUUACAUUCCUAUCUGAUGCAAAACCUUACAAAUGUGUUCAUGUAACGUAGUCAACCUAUAGAGUGAUUUAAAUAAAAAGUGAAGAAACCUGA